AUGGGGCUUUAUGGUGCAUAUGACACGUACAUGUCACCUCUAGUCCGUGACUGGCCCAUUCUCCUUCCUAUGGUGGCGGUGUACGGUGCCGUUCAGGUAACAGCACAGUGGAUAUAUCCUAAAGUGUUUGGUACCGCUUUCCAAAAACUCGCGCGAGAUGACCAAAAUAAUGUUAUUGUGCGGACGGUGAGUGUUUUUAAUGGGCUUCUUAUGGUAGGUUCUGCAGUGUGCUUUGUUACGAACCUUCGUGAUCAUGGUUACGUCCUCGACACUGACGUGUAUCGCGAGAUUCCAUAUUACCGUUUCUUUCGGGUUGCCAUAGUAGCGUAUUUUGUUUGGGACAUUUUUGUCUGUUUUGCAUAUAAAUGGGAGGCGCAGUGGAAAGUUCAUGCUUUUGCAAGCCUCGUGGGAGCUUACUUGCUAUCGUUUCCCUACUCCGAUCAGUAUGGAUCGUACUUCACAGGUAUGUUUGAGCUUAGCAACGUACCGUUUCAUAUCUCCUCCAUCAUACGCACGCUGCAUACUACAGCAUUCAGCUCCCUUGCGACAAUCUGCGAUGUUGUGUUUGCAUUUAUGUUUCUCAUCAUUCGUGUUGUGGGAGGUUCGGUUGUGACAUUCAGAUGGCUACAAUUAAUGUACAAAUUGCUCAUGGAUACGCGGAGCGAUGAUAAGGUCGUGGUACAUGAUGAAGCAAGUAUAAUUGUUUCCAUGGUGCUCCUGUCUAUCAUUCAGAGUUUGCAGUACGUGUGGCUUUUUGAGAUUAUGAAGCAGGGCUAUAGACGCUUUGUCGUCGCUGAUGACAGUAAUGCUGAUGAUCAGGUGUCCGUCAGUAAAAGGAAGAAGAAAGAAUAA